GGGGGAGCCAGCGGGGAGGAGGGGGAGGCUGGCAGCGGAGCUUUGAAUAGGGAAGUUUUGCAGGGGUUACGUUUGCAGUCAGUCCGGUGUUUGCAAAUAUUGUGUGGGCUCGCGAGCGCGUCUCUGGGCUCCGGUAGGAUCCGAACCCGCGGCGCCUAAUUGCUGUGCACUGAGUUUGCAUGAAACUUUCCCCGGCGCUGCAGGCACGACUGCUGCGCUCCCGACUCCAGACCGCACACCUCCCUGUUUUCACAACAGCAGUGACUGUCUUUUCCAACCCGACAUGGAUGUACUCCCAAUGUGCAGCAUCUUCCAGGAACUCCAGAUUGUGCACGAGACUGGUUACUUCUCGGCGCUGCCCUCCCUGGAGGAAUAUUGGCAACAGACCUGCCUGGAGUUGGAACGUUACCUCCAGAGCGAACCCUGCUAUGUGUCAGCCUCCGAAAUCAAGUUUGACAGCCAGGAAGAUCUGUGGACCAAAAUCAUCCUGGCUCGGGAGAAAAAGGAGGACCCGGACCUGAAGCUUUCCUCCAGUCCCCCCGAGGAUGCUCUGAACAGCCCCGGCUUUGCUUACAACCUGGAGACCAACAGCCUGAACUCCGACGUGAGCAGCGAGGCCUCCGACAGCUCUGAGGAACUUUCUCCCACCACCAAGUUUACCUCCGACCCCAUCGGCGAAGUCUUAGUCAACUCGGGGACCCUGAGCUCCUCCGUCACCUCCACGCCCCCGUCUUCUCCAGAACUGAGCAGGGAGCCUUCUCACCUGUGGGGCUGCGUGCCAGGCGAGCUGCACCCCCCCGGGAAGCUGCGCAGUGGGACUGCGGGAAAGCCGGGCGACAAGGGCAGUGGGGACGCCUCCCCGGAUGGCCGGAGGCGGGUGCACCGCUGCCACUUUAACGGCUGCAGGAAAGUUUACACCAAAAGCUCCCACUUGAAAGCACAUCAGCGCACUCACACAGGAGAAAAGCCUUACAGAUGCUCAUGGGAAGGGUGUGAGUGGCGUUUUGCAAGAAGCGAUGAGUUAACCAGACACUUCAGAAAGCACACUGGUGCCAAGCCUUUUAAAUGUUCUCACUGUGACAGGUGUUUCUCCAGGUCCGACCACCUGGCCCUGCACAUGAAGAGGCACCUCUGAGGGAGCAGAGCGGCGAAUCCUGCGGGCUAAAAGGCUUCCAGGCUGAGAGACAGCCGUGGAGGAAGGGUGCGUGUUCCAGCCAAAGCAUGCCAUUUUGCACCCCACCCAGUUGCCUCCAGGACCUCUACUUGGAAGGUCUUUCGAGGGCGAAAAACGUCAUGUCAGAAGCGGCAGAGCACCCGCGGUGUGUGGUGUUUGGGUGGCCCUGGACUCGCCACUGGUACCUAUCUUCUGAGUGGUCCCUAAGCCUUUGCCGUGAGCAUGUGCACUGAGAAUGUUAAUGGUUGGGUUGACUGUCUGUGGAGGGUCUGUUAGUUACUGACUGUGUGAUGGGGGCAGAGUCUUUUUUCCCUUGCGGUAGCGAGACUGCAAGAGGCAGCAAGCGCGGAGUUUGAAUGUUCUGUGUGUGAGGAGUAUCCCAGGAGAUGAGGUGACCACCGAUCAUUUCCCGGGGGGUGGGGUCUGCGCCUUAGGAAAAAAAAAAAGAAGAAGAAAAAAAAAAAAAAAAAAAGGGAAAACAUGGGGGGGGGGAGUGGGUGGUCAAGACCCCCGAGUGGCGAGUGGGUGUGGGGAGGGGAGCCCCUCCCCGUGCGAGAGAACUUUCGGUGUCUGGUGCAGCUACGAAAAAAAAAAAAACGUGCAAUGUGUCAAGUAGCUUGUUUACUUGCUACAACAGAGCUCAUUUGUGACCCGUUGUAUAAGCUGUGUAUUUACAAAUAUAACACAUUGAUAACUUUUCCUUGUAAGACUAAAAGUAAUGCAUGGUCUGGGAAACUAUCCGCUUUCCAUUCUUAAAUCAGGACUACAAUGUUGAUUCCAGUUACUGAGCAGCUAAGAGAUGAUUGGUCAAAUUCAGUGAUCCCUAGCCAUCUGGGCCUGGUAAUACACAAUCCUUCCCCCACCUUCCCCCCAGCGAUUUUGUAACACUCCCCUUUCAGAAAGGCGUCGUGCAGCAUAGGAUUAUUUUUUAAAUGAUUCUGAAUUUGAAUUACCUUUUUGGAGAACUUCCUGAUGCCCUUUGAAGACAUUGGGCAUAUGUUGGGUAUCAAGAAUGCUAGGGCUGGGAAUUGCUAGUCUAAUGUGACGUUAGACUAAGAACCUAAAAUUUUUCUCAGUUGGGUGGAUAAAACCACUAAAGCUUAGAAACUGUUUUCUCAUGCAGCUAAGUUUCUCUUAUUUAUGCCUUGAGGACUAAUUUCUGGUUUUCUAGCUGUUAAUGCACUGUAGAUCUUAAUAAUGGUGCCUUAUGCAAGUGACCCCUUCUGUGGGGGUCUCAUACAGGGGUAUGGGUGAUGCAUGCUUUAUUAAGGCUCUUUUUUCACCUGGCAUUGUACUGUAUCAAUAUAUAAUACAGAAAAAAAAAAAAUCUCUUUAAAGUCCUCCUUCACAAAGACAAAUA